UCCUGAAUUUUUGUGUUUCAGGAACGAAGAGCUGAGACACCAAUCAUGAAGGGGGUAAACGCGAGCGCCCCCUGGGAGUUCAGCCUCUUAGGUUUCUCAGAUCGACCGUGGCUGGAGCUCCCACUCUUUGUGGUCUUCUUCAUUUCUUACGUGGCCACUAUCUUUGGGAAUCUGACCAUUAUUCUAGUGUCACGCCUGGACCCCAAACUCCACACCCCCAUGUACUUUUUUCUUACCAAUCUGUCACUCCUGGACCUUUGCUACACCACAAGUACAGUUCCACAAAUGCUGGUCAAUUUAUGCAGCACCAGGAAGGUAAUUAGUUAUGGCAGCUGUGUGGCCCAGCUUUUCAUGUUUCUAGCUUUGGGGGCCACUGAAUGUGUUCUCCUGGCCGUCAUGUCCUUUGAUAGGUUUGUCGCUAUUUGUCGGCCUCUCCAUUACUCAGUCAUCAUGCACCAGAGGCUGUGCCUCCAGCUGGCAGCCGCGUCCUGGAUUACGGGUUUCAGCAACUCAGUGUGGUUGUCCGCCUUGACCCUUCAGCUGCCGCUCUGUGGCCAUAAAGAAGUGGAUCACUUCCUCUGUGAAGUCCCUGCUCUGCUCAAGUUGUCCUGUGUGGACACGACGGCAAACGAGGCUGAACUAUUCUUUGUGAGCGUGCUGUUCCAUCUAAUACCCUUGACCCUCAUCCUUGUAUCGUAUGCUUUUAUUGCCCGAGCAGUGUUGAGAAUCCAGUCUGCGGAAGGUAGACGAAAGGCAUUUGGGACAUGCGGCUCCCAUCUAAUUGUGGUGUCACUGUUCUAUGGCACUGCUAUCUCCGUGUACCUGCAACCACCAUCCCCCAACUCCAAGGACCGGGGCAAGAUGGUGUCCCUCUUCUACGGGAUCAUCGCACCCAUGCUGAACCCCCUUAUAUACACACUUAAGAAUAAAGAGGUAAAGGAGGCCUUUAAAAGGUUAGUUGCAAGAGCCGCCUUAAUCAAGAAAUGAAUGGGGCGCCUGCGUGGCUCAGUCAGUUGAACGUCCAACUUUGGCUCAGGUCAUGAUCUCGCAGUCUGUGAGUUCGAGCCCCGUGUCGGGCUCUGUGCUGAUGGCUCAGAGCCUGGAGCCUGCUUCCG